AUGUCGUGCAGUAGUAUUCAUGGAGUUGAGGCGAUUCGAUGCCACGUGUGCAAGUUCUCGGGGCCCCCGGAUGACUGGGGCAUCAAUUGCAACGACCCCUUCAACAUCAACGGAACACUCAGGGAAUGCUCGUUGGAAAUGUUCUACGACUCGAGCGGAAGCAUCCCGCCCCCCAACAUGACGGCGUUUUUCUGCCGCAAAACCGUGCAAAGAGAUGGAGUUGAGGCGAUUCGAUGCCACGUGUGCAAGUUCUCGGGGCCCCCGGAUGACUGGGGCAUCAAUUGCAACGACCCCUUCAACAUCAACGGAACACUCAGGGAAUGCUCGUUGGAAAUGUUCUACGACUCGAGCGGAAGCAUCCCGCCCCCCAACAUGACGGCGUUUUUCUGCCGCAAAACCGUGCAAAGAGACCACUACUACUACUACAACUACAACUACUACUACUACUGCAUAUCAGUACACUGCUAUACUUACGUACUACGUCACUUCCUGUUGCUGCUGGUGAAGCGGUCCUGCGCGUGGGAAGAGUACGACGUGAAGGGCAAGGAGUGCUACAUGACCGGCGACUUGAACUUCAGCACGCUGAGCUGCGUGUGCUACACCGACGGCUGCAACACGGCUGCACCCGCCCUGAUGCUGGCCUCCGUGGCCACGUACUUGCUCAUCUCUGCUGCUACUGCUCUCAUCACCACCACCACCACCAUGCAUCUCUCAUCAGCAUGA